GUUGAUCAAUAGCACCACGGAAGUGUCCUGCAGAUUCGGAGACAAUUGGGUGAGACAAAUUACGCACCGUACCAAGUUCAGCUGUUAACCAAAAAUUUUACCAGAGUGAAGCUGCAUCAGCGACAACGACUGCGUCCGAAUCUCGACCUUAUCAGCAAUGAACAGUGCGGGACGAUACGCACUAGAAAGAUGCCAGGGGAAAGGUACUGAAAGCAUAAAAGUGUACUAUCGAUAAAAACAGCGAUAGGCCGGGACCGUGGGACCUGUACGCACCUGGGGAGAGCACGAGUUAAAGGUGAGGCAGCAAAAAAAUGGUCCCAAAUGACAGCGGAAAAGCCGGCCCGGUCGUUAGGCUAUCAUGUGAUACACCACAUCAUCGUCGAAUGUUUGCUGCCGUUACCUACCAGCAUCACGUUUAACAGCAUCUUCCGACUUCCGAUGCGAACACGAAUAGGUAAAUGGCGAAUUUCAAUUGGAUGCCAAAUGAGAUUUUGGAGUUAAUAUUCGAAAACCUGGACUUCCUUACGCGUCGUAACCUGACACUAGUUUGUCGCCGCUGGAACGAUGUGCUUCUGUCCAAACGAUUUAUGGAACGCCAUUUGGUGUUGGCGAUCGAUGGGAAUCGAGCGAUCGAUCCGAAGCAACCGUUGCCCCAACGGUGCUAUCCAAACAUUAGGCUACGCUUCGAUACUCCACCGCUCGGCAAUUAUAAUGAACAGCAACAGCUAAAGGCUUUGCGAACCGUCCUUUCGGCCUGUGUCCCGGCACCUAUCUACUGUCGGCUUCAUACCCAACCAAACGGAAAUACUCGCUGGAACAUACCGUUUACUGAACAGUUGCUCAAUUAUGGGACGUUGAAGACAUUCCACGUGCUUGGAAGCUGUAAAGCCGAUCAUCACCGUGCAUUGCCAAUGCUGCUACGUAUGGAUGAGCUGCGUACGCUGAAAGUGGAAGUAACGGAUGUGGAUGGAUUACAUUUGCUGGUGGCUCCCAAACUUACCGAGCUGCAUUUGUGGGCUAGAUCGGAGCAGCAUCUGAAGUUGGUGCGAAAGUACUGCGCACAGUUGCUUACGCUCCGAGUGCACUUCGAUGCGAAGGAAAGCUUCUGUUUCUACAGUCUCGAUCUCAGCAAUCUGCGAACGCUGGCGAUCGACCGUCGGCUGAAGGGGAUGACAAAAAGUGAACAGAACGUCAGCAUUGCCUUCUUCCGGAGACUAGUCCACCUGCAAACGCUCGAGCUUACCGUGAAGUUCAUCGAUAGCUACGUACUCCACACGAUGUGUGCCAAACUAAUGCAACUGAAGCAGUUAUCACUGCAAGUGUCCGAGGGUACGAUCGAGCUAGUGCACAUUGCCAAACUAGUCGGUCUACAGCGAUUGCGCGUAGUGGCGCCGAGGGUAAAUCUGCAAAACGUUGCACUGCAAGCUCUUUGUACACUGGAACUUGGUUCUGCCGAGCUCGGGGCGGGUACUUACAUCGAGGGAAUCGAUUGUUUAAUGGCCUUCACGCGUUUACGCUCUCUUACGCUAAGGAACGUGAAGAUCUACCCUGAAGUGUUGCAACUCACACCAACGUAUGCCGUAGAACGGAUGAUACUCUCCGAUUAUCGCAGGCUGGAAGAGAAACAUCUUCUGAUCCUGGUGAAACGAUUUCCUGUCCUACGUUGGCUGUGGAUCAAUCAUUGCCAUGGACUGUAUGAGCGGGAGAUCUAUAAACUAAAGCGUAUGCAACCGAAGCUACGUGUUGCUUUCGAUGAGGCAAAAAGUAAUCGUCUAUAAGACCUAACGGAAUAGCAACGGAGUGCUAGGAAACAUCAUCUUAUGCAAGAUUUCAUGUCGAUAAUUAGAAAAAGUAUUAAUUUAUUUUAUUACAAUACAUACAGAAAACGA